AUGCUCAAACACUCCUUAAAAACAGGGUUGGUCUUUCUCACUUGGAUACCGGUGAUUUAUACGGUAAAGGAACACCUGAUAUACGUUGGAAAGGUGGAAGGAUCCUCAAUGUCACCCACUUUGAAUCCCGUUAAAGGUUAUUCUGACUAUGUGAUUUUAUGGAAGUUAAACUUCAAAGAGUCACUCAAAGUGGGAGACGUGGUUUUUAUAAGGUCUCCUGUAGAUCCAGAGAAGUUAUAUGCUAAACGUAUAAAGGCUGUUCAAGGGGAUACCGUGGUGACUAGGCAUCCAUACCCCAAAGACAAAGUGUCCAUUCCAAGAAACCAUCUUUGGGUAGAAGGAGACAAUAUACACAGCGUGGAUAGUAACAACUUUGGUCCGAUAUCGUUGGGCCUUGUAUUAGGAAGAGCAACUCACGUAAUUUUUCCCCUGAACAGGAUAGGUAAUAUCUCUGGUGAAGGGGGUAGAGAAGUUAGGGAGGAUUAUUUAAGAGCGGAGGACAGUCCGAUGUAA